AGUACUUCCACGGGCCAGAAGACGCCAUCACGUCUCUUGGGAUGGGGUUACGGAGCUUGUGAGCUGCCAUGUGGGACCCACCCAUGUGGAUGGAGACCCAGACCCGGCUGGGGGAAGGAAGAGACCCCUGAAGAGAGCCUUGUCCAUACUGAUUCAGUCCCCAUGCUUCCCAGUCUAACAGUCACCUUGGAGCGUCUCUGUCCAGCACUUUGAGGGUCAAGCAUCCUUUGCUCGAGGGUCGAUCCCAGGAACUGACAUGGGACAUCAACAUGGGAACAGGAAAGGUCUCAGCCACAGAGAAGUGCCCCGGGGCAUUGGGCUGUUGCUCGCCAUGGCCCUUAUGAAUGUACUGCUUUACCUCUGCCUCGACCAGUUUUUCAUCUCCCCUCGUUCUACUGAGGAUGCUGGGCGCUGUCCUCAUGGUCACUUCAGGAUGGGACGGAUGAGAAACUGCUCGCGCUGGUUGUCCUGUGAGGAGCUGAGGACAGAAGUAAGGCAGCUGAGGCGCAUUGGGGAAGGAGCUGUGAAGAGAGUCUUUCUGUCUGAGUGGAAUGAACACAAAGUUGCUCUCUCACGGCUCACCAGGCUGGAGAUGAAGGAUGACUUCCUCCAUGGACUGCAGAUGCUGAAGUCUCUCCAGAGUGAGCACGUGGUCACGCUGGUUGGCUACUGUGAGGAAGAUGGCACUAUUCUUACCGAAUAUCACCCCUUAGGUUCCUUGAGCAACCUGGAAGCAACACUAAACCUUUCAAAGUACCAAAAUGUGAACACCUGGGAGCACAGGCUGCAGCUGGCUGUGGAGUAUGUGGCCAUCAUUAACUACCUCCACCACAGCCCGCUGGGCAUGAGGGUCAUGUGUGACUCUAACGAACUGCCCAAAACAUUGUCCCAGUAUCUGCUGACAAGUAACUUCAGCAUUGUAGCAAACGACCUGGAUGCCCUGCCCUUGGUAGACCAUGACUCUAGGGUACUUGUGAAGUGUGGCCACAGGCAGCUCCAUGGGGAUUUUGUGGCCCCAGAGCAGCUGUGGCCUUAUGGAGAAGGCAGGCCCUUCCAAGAUGACCUCAUGCCUUCCUAUGACGAGAAGAUUGACAUCUGGAAGAUCCCAGAUGUCUCCAGUUUCCUUCUGGGGCAUGUGGAAGGGAGUGACAUGGUUCGAUUCCAUUUGUUUGAUAUUCAUAAGGCAUGUAAGAGCCAGAUCCCCUCAGAAAGACCCACAGCUCAGCAUGUUCUGGACACUUACCAGAAGGUUUUACAUUCACUCAGAGACACCACAAUGUCUCAGACGAAAGAGAUGCUAUGAGAACAAGCGUUUGAGUGAUGCUGAAUGGCAUCCCUGUUGUUCUACUCUUGAUGAUGGGACUCGCUUCCAUGAACCUCGUGUUUGGUUGACUUUGACUGUUCAGCCACGCAGGCUCUCCUCUACAUCUGCCUGCAUGUUUGAGUGUGUUCUGCUCUCCUGGAAAUCUAGAUAGAAGUUUCCAAGUGGGAAAACCUUGCUUCAUUGGGCUUCCUGGUGAAGAUGCAGAGAAUUUGUGGAUUUAUGCAGUGUUUAAAGGAAGUAAUAAAAUGGUAAUCAUGAGGACAUAUUGCCUACUCUGGU